AUGGGAGAGCUGGCAAAAGGCUUGGAGAGCUGGAAAAGGCUUGGGAGGAUCCUGCCUUCAAGAGAAAGCGGGAGAAAGCGGGAGAUAUUUGCACAAAACAGGCGCAGUGAGACUGGCGGUGAUGGAGCAGGGCCUUCUCGACACACAGGCGGAUCUAUAUCUACUAUAGAGACUGCUCGAUUAUUAGCUGAAAAAUUUGGUCGUGAGCCCACACCAAUUGAGGUGUUUACAUACACUCACACGAAGGACCACGAUCUUAAUACGUUUGUCGACAGACGUGCGGUGAGCGUUAAUAAGAACUAUACUGUAGCUCGGGAGCAUCUUGUUUCUUCUCAGGCUGAAUCUGAAGCUGAGUCAAGAAUUGAUGAGGUAGCACUUUAUCUCGAGGCUGUAGGGGGUGAGAAGGAGGCUUGUAGGGGGGCGAGAAGAAGAGAGCCAAGCACAGCACCACAGCCCGAGCACACUGACGUGCCGAGGAGUUUACUGCAUUACGGGCUCAUGUUGAUGAUCAGCAGAGACAGAUUGCAGAACUUAGAGUGCAUGUCAUGCGGCUGUCCGGUUAGCCCGAUGCGUACUUCUUCCUUUGAUCCUGCGCCUACUACAGAUCGAAAUGUUUCGACAUCUCAGCAGCAGCCACUACCGUCUCCUAAUCCUGAUGUUGCAGACGAUACCUUUGUCACCCCUCCCGGCACUACAGCAUAUCCAGCAGGUACUCCUCUCGGCGAUCCGACAUUGGAUCGUGCAGAUGACCAACUGCGUGGAUUUGAUUUUGAACCUUUUUAG